GGUUGACAUUUUCGCAGCAGCCUCAAUGACAAACACACUGUUCUCUCAUCUUUAAUUACUGUCGCAAUAUAUUCAGACAAUGCCUGUCUUUCCGUCCAAACCCUUCCGCAGAAGCCAAACCCACGGACAAGACUUGGGGGAGCGGAUUGCUUCUUCGUAUCGAAAUAAGAUUGCGCGAAACCCAUUCCUCUUUUUCGGACUACCUUUUAUUGCUCUUAUGGUCUCUGCCUCUUUCCUCCUCACUCCUGCGACGGCACUGCGGUAUGAGAGUUAUGAUCGAAAACACAAACAGUUGACCGAUGAAGAGGUCAUGGAAUUGGGGCUCAAAGGUCCGUCUGGCCAAGGAAGUCUGACUUAUAACCCUCGACGAAGAAAGCUGGUGAAGGGCGAGCUCAACGAAAGAGACGAGUAUUACAGACUCAUGGCGAAGGACCUAGAUAAUUGGGAGCAGAAACGAGUAGAACGUUGGAAGGGUGAGCCAGACGGAAGGCUAUGAAGCCAGCACAGUUCCAAAUCGUCAGAAGCACCGCAUCAACAGUGCAACGAUAUUUUCGGAUCCACCUGCCUGAGUGAAGGUCUAUGAGGACCGGCCGCCUCCACCAAGCAGGCGAAGAUUGUGCUACAGUCGGUAGAGGCCAAAUGCCUGCUCCUCUCGACAAAUAUCGAGCCCAGAACAACUGGCUCUCCUAUUUACGGCGGCCGAAAAUCGAUUUGCAUUGUGACUUCAGAGAUCAACAAGGUGGGCGCUGAAAGCCUCGGGUGGUUCUCGUGCCUAAUAUUAGAAGUUGCUGAGUUCAAGUCACACGAAUCUGUGACAGGGCAACGACAAUAUUCGGCUACGGCGUGGUCUUUGAGUAUCACAAGAACCCCACAGAUACGUCAUUUAAUAAGAAAGAAAUAUGGUCACGGGCCAAACUCGAAGGUAUCUCGGCGCAGAUGAAUAGAAUAUUCAAGGUUCUCCAAGAGAGACUACCAGAAAACGGCUUUUGGAGGGCAAAGCUGCUGAGUGAGAGUGACACUAGAGCCGAGCUUGCAUCACAAGUGAGGUCUAGACCUUUCCCACGAAUCCUGUGUGCAACCACCGUAGAGGAUGACGCCAAUGGUGGGUUUGGCGAGCAUGCAUCCGGAUGAUGCGAGUAGGAAUUGUAGCAGCUCGGUUGAGGAUUGGGGACUGCGGCAUCAGCAACGUGCUGCAACAACCAGUGUCUCGUACUGGUGUAAGAGGAGGAGUUGGAGCAGAUACUGUAGUUCUGAGACCACGGCAGAUGCCGGUGGCACAGACGUCUAGAACUCAGAGUGAUUUGGGCAGUCGGUGCCCUGAAAACGUAAGCCCCGGAAACAAUAUUAGCGUGUCAAAACCACGUUGAUGUGGAGGAGGAAGAGAACAUACUCGUACGAGUACUCGUCCUGAACCGAAGACUCACUCGUACCCUUUGUGUCGGGUCUACAACGGCCAAACGUGGUAAGUGGUGGGAUAGUCACCUAGCUUUGAGAUGGUGGUGAUGAUGCGAAUGACAUUGGGUCAUAUGCUACGUUGUCGGUAGGCGACUGCUUGGUGAACCUGUUCUGAUUGGGUUGACGACGGGCUAUCGGGUGCACAAGGUAGUCAGUGCUCACCCCCGUUGACGAAGGGAUAAUCCACUCUUACUGGCAUUGCAUGGCACUUCGCUUCAAUUGGGGUGGCGUAUCGAUUCCAGCCGAGGGAGAAAGUGGCAUGACCCGAAGGGGAUUCUGGUGUUCGCUUACCAUGGGUUGUCCAAUGCCACGCGCUUGACGUGCACUAGUGAGGAUAAUGGCGUUGAAAUUAUGCAGUACAAUGGUAUAGAGAAAUACCAUUAUCGUGUACGGAACAUGGCAGUCGUGGUUGUUAAUGUCUGAGAGAGGUGUUGGAUUUACAAUCAAACACCAACUGCGAUUUCGGAGUCGUGGUGUCUGUAGUAGUGGCGUAGUCUGUACAGAUUCAUAGGCGGCUCAGUAAAUCAUCGUUCUCUGACCCUUAGAAAAGCCUAGAACAAGGAGACCCUGAAGCCCCG